AUGGCGACAGCGAACCACUCCGGUAAUGCAGCCACCCCGGCUCCUCUCGCCUCGAAUCCCAUCACCAACGGAGCCGACCACUAUCACCAUCACGACCACCGCCCAGCACCAACGCCCGCAUCCGCCGCCAAUGCUAACAACAAGAAGGCCAAGAGCAAGAAGGCCAUGGAUUCCUCCGAGGCAUCCAAGCUGGUCGCUGCCAGGAUAUCACAGUUGGAGGUAGACAAUGCCGCCGAGAAGGAACAGCAGGAAGAGAUUGAUCGCGAGGUGAAAAAGCACAACCGGGAAUUGCUCUCUGCAACAAAUAAAAUGGGCGAUCUGGACAAGAUCGACCAUCUGACCAAGAAGUGCAACGAGCUAUUCACGUCUAUGAAACGGUUAGAACGCGACAGUGCAAGGAACAAGAAGCGGGCCGACCAGGUCCAGAAAGAGAAGGACGCUAGCCGCAACGAAGCUACCAAGCAGACCGGGCUCAAGGAGAAGCUUGAGAAGCUUUGUAGGGAACUCCAAAAGGACAACAAUAAACUGAAGAAUGACCACCGAUCCCUGCAAGACACAUACGCCAAACUUAAGAAGGAUGGCGAUCGGAGGACGGAAGAGAUCUUGAAGACCCUUGAGGGGUACCAGGAAGAGAAGGACAACCCGAGGAAACCGGCUCUGAACGGUAAAGUCGAGGAUCUGAUCAAGGCGCGCUUCAAGUCCCUCAUCGAUCAAUACGAGCUUCGCGAUCUUCAUUUCCACUCGCAAAUGCGCACCAAAGAGAUCGAAGUGCAAUAUCACAUGGCUCGAUACGACCAGCAGAAGAAGGCCGCCGAGAACGAGGCCCGAAAGUCCAGUCAGCUCAACUCCCAAGUCAACACGUUUCACAAGACGGAGAUGGAACUCCGCAACCAACUCAACGUCUAUGUCGAGAAGUUCCGCCAGGAGAUGGAGGACAUGAGCAAGAAGACCAAGACGCUGGAGAAGGAGAAUGAGAGGCUCAAGAAGAAGAAGGAGGUCCUGGAGGCCAAUAUUGCCAAGAUGGCCCACGACGCCGAUCAGUGCACGAAGGAAAUCGACGCCAGCAACAAGAUGAACAACAAGCUCAAAAACAUCAUCAAGCAGAUGCAAGAGCAGGGCCGUGGUAUCCCGCAGGGCAUGCAAGGCGAACAGGACCUGGGCGACGAGGUUGAUCUGGAAGAGGAAAGCGAGUACGAGGACGAGUACGAAGAGGGCGACGAGGAAGGCAGCGAGGGCGAGUUCGACGACGACACGGAAGAGGAGAUCCACGAACCGUCAGCCCCUGUUCCUCGAUCAACUCCUUACGGGCCACAACCACCCCCUGUGCGAGUUCCGACGAAUGGUCAUGUUUAG